AUGUCGAACACACCCUCAGUGUCUGCAGCCCUACCAGCUGUGACUCCUUCGUCCUCGAGCAUCCCUUCAAUAUCAUCUAGCUCUACAUCAACAAGUAGAACUGCACAGGCCUCCAAUCGCCUAUAUGACAUUCCAUCACUCGAAAACGAUGGUUCGAAUUUCCAACUAUGGAAGUACCGUGUCGAGUUAAUUCUUGACCUUCGAGGACUAUGGGCAAUUGUUGAAGGAAGUGAAAAGAUGCCAGAUAGCAUAGGCACCCUGUUCAACACCAGGAAUGCGAGCUCAGACUCGGAUAGCUCUCACGCUGAAAGAUGA